AUGUGGGAGGGGUUGGAGUUUGAUUUUCGAAUUGCAGACAGGGGUUGGGUGCUGUGCGAGCCUAAGUGCCGCCUCAAGCUGCAGCGGCCCACAGCAGAGUGCAUGGCGUUUUGUGGUGGCGCGAAUGCUUGUGAUGGCCGUGGCAUCUGUUAUCCAGAAGGGCCCAGCUUGGUGCCAACGUGCUUGUGUAAUGCGGAUUCAGUGCCAGUUGGAAGAACCUACUGUUUUGAACAAGGUUGGAACGAAGGCCUUUCCAUCAGCGAGCCUAUUCUCCCCGUGUUCACUAUUCUCACCCAGGGAACGCAGCAACAGACUGCGGGGAGGUUCAUGGCAAAGGCAGUGAACCUCUUUGCGUACCCAUCGCGUUUGAGUACAGGAUGUGGUGCGGAGCUGGCUUUUAGUGUCAACUUCACCUUCUGUCUCAUUUCCCAGUAUGGGCUUGGCACAUCCAAUGGCUUUGCAUUUGUAAUCACUGCAAAAGGCAAGGUGGGGAAAGCGGCAAAGGGGAAGGUGGGGAACGCUGAUGGUGUAGGGUACCGUGGAAUGGACAGGCGGAGUGUAGCCAUUGUAUUCGACACUGCCACUGAUCCGAAGGAGCAGCAUGUGGGGCUCAACAUAAAUGGCUUAGAUACAUCCUUGGUCACAGUGGAGUCACCAUUCACGCUGACUAACGGUGACUACUACACGGCAUGGGUGGACUACGACCCUUGGAGUCGUGGCUCUAUCAAGGUGUUUCUGGCUGACUCCAAGGAGAAGCCAGAGGAGCCGCUGCUGCAGAGGGAGCUGUCGCUGUGUGCGGUGCUGCAGCCCAGUGGGAAGCAGUCAGGGUUCUUCUUUGGAUUCGUGGCCUCCACCACUAAAAAGCCCUUUCAGAUGCAUGUCAUUCGUUACUCCGCCGUGCAAGCAGGCAAGCAUUUGCUUUGUGGGGUAACUGUAGGUGAUGGCGGUGACAGUGGUGGUUGA